AUGGACGGAGAAAACAGGUCAACAAUAUAUUUUCAGUUGGAACAAUUGCAUAGUAAAUAUCAGGGGACUGGACAUAUGAAUACUAAAAGAAGUGAGUGGGGAGAUAAUAUAUUAAGAGAUACUGCAUCUUCUAAUAUAAUGCAUCAAUCAAGACUAUCAUAUUUUGCAAUAGCUGAAAACACUAGUAAGGCUAGGAUCAGUUUCAGAAUGUUAGAAUCAAUGAUACCAGCUAGUCUAAAGAGGAGAGAGGAAUAA